UUUUUCUCAGUUUUGCUCUUUCUCUUCCCUCUCCAUCUUAUCCACCUACGUCAAAUAACGUAACUUGGAUAUCCUUUUCAUUCUUCAAGCUUCAACUAUGAAGGGAAUGGAUCUUUUCUGUUCUUCACAUGCCUCCACAGCAGUAAUUUCCAGUAUGGAUCACAGGUUUCAAGUUCGCCGAAGCCCCAAAUCAAACGUUCAUGACAGAAGGAAAAGCCAACCACGUGUCCCUUGUUCGUCACACUUCCCUAUUAAUCCAAAGCCUUACUACGACAUGCAGCACAAGAAGAAGACUACUUCUUCUUCAGAUAAGCUAAACGACGAUGUUCGCAGAAAAAGCUGCGAUGAAGUUAGCGACCUGUAUGAUAACCACCCUGCUGCGUAUUCCUCGUCCAGGAGAUAUUUUCUCAGGGACGACGUCCCGUUCAUUGAUUGGGUGUCACAGUCUGAUCAAAUCGCAGCUACAGCCAAGAACGAAGAUAAUUCCCCUGCUCCUUCCAAGGACCAGGUUGUUGUCUUGAGGGUGUCACUGCACUGCAAGGGCUGUGAAGGAAAAGUGAGAAAACACAUCUCAAAAAUGAAAGGAGUAACAUCGUACAGCAUAGAUUUGGAGUCAAAGAAAGUGACGAUCAUCGGAGAUGUGACACCAUUGGGGGUGCUGGCGAGCGUGUCAAAGGUGAAGAAAGCACAGUUUUGGCCGUCUUCGUCGUUAUCAUCAUCCUCUACGCCGUCGUUUCUAUGGUCAACUAUAUCAUCGAAUUAGAUAUCUUAUUUAUGUUUAUUGCUAUCUUUUGAUGUUUUUGGGGGUCUGAAUAAUUAAUUACGAGUUUGACGAGUCAUAUAAGUCUUGUGCUUGUUUCAUGUUUGUCUUGUAAUCAUGGGAAGUCGUCUCUGAUUUAGAUGCGUGGUAAUGAAGCCUUGCUAAUGGUGCAUGUUGUGAAACAGAACCUGAUUUCAGUUUA